GUAAGAAUAUUAAUUAUAAUUAUAAUUGAAAAACUUCAAUACUCUUAAGUGAUACGGAAGAAAUUACGUAAUGAAAAGGAGUGUAGAUGCUUAAAACUGGCAAUUGAUACCGUCGAGAUUCCAAUGUAUAAAUUUUGACUUUUGGUUUCUGAAGAUUUUUCAGUUUUUACUUGUUUAUUUCAUAACAUUUUUAAGGAUUUAACCACAAAGAUGCAAUGUCAACCAUUUAUUGGCCCACAACUACCAUCGUCUACACUUCAUAUACCUCCUAAUCAAUUGGUUAGUUCUGGAAAUCAAACUACAGUUCCUUCUAUUGACCCUGCUACAAACGAUGCUCCAUUAGAAUUUAAUAUAAAUAAAUCUAACUUAACAGAAAAAUUGGAUACUCAAGAAUCCACUUCUCAGCAGAAUGAAGAAGAAAGAUGGUCACAUGAUAAAGAACAAGAUCGUGGAUGUGAUAGAGAAAGAAGUAGGGAACGCAUGAGAGAAGGAAGAGACAAGCGGACAAGAGAAAGAGAAAGAGAUCGCAACUCUAGAGAAAAAGAUAGGGAUAAAGGAAUACCAUCAUUGUCUAAUAUAAAUACUUUAAAUGAAAAUGUAUUACCUGCAGUUCCUGGACAUAUUUCAAUAGUUCCACAUACUGGCACCUUACCAGGUGUAUUACCUGGUUUAAAUCCAUCUCAAUGGACAAUUAAUCCAACUGUAAAUCCUUUUGCAAUGAUGGGAGUAACUGGUGAUCCAAAUUUUCUUGGAGUAAUGGGGAUGGCUGGAUUUGGACAAUUUGGAUUUAUGGGUUGUUCAGAUCCAGGUCCAUUGGGUACAGGAUCAUUAGUUCCAAGACCAAUAAAAGAAAUUAUUCAUUUGCCCAGCUGUGUUCUAUAUCCACCAAAACCAACUGCUCCACCUCCUACUACACGAGAAAGACCACCUGGUUGCCGAACUGUUUUUGUUGGUGGAUUGCCUGAAAAUAUUACAGAAAGCAUAAUAAGAGAAGUUUUUGAAAGGUGUGGAGAAAUCACAACAAUUAGAAUGAGUAAAAAGAACUUUUGUCAUAUACGCUAUGAAAAUGAGAUGUACAUCGACAAUGCCAUUUUUCUCUCUGGUUAUCGCAUAAAAAUUGAAGAUAAAGAUGAAGCAGCUUAUACUGGAAGAUUACAUGUGGAUUAUGCACAAGCAAGAGAUGAUCAGUAUGAAUGGGAAUGUCAUCAGCGUGCAUUUCAAAGAGAAUUACGUCACAGAGAACGUUUAGAACAAGAAAGGCUUCAACCACCAAGUCCUCCCCCUAUAGUUCAUUAUUCUGAUCAUGAAGCCUCAUUAUUAAUUGAUAAAUUGAGAGGUGAAGAAAGCUUUCAAAAGGCAGUAUUAAUUUUAAUAACUUGGUUAGAUCGAGGAGAAUGUAAUAAAAGAAAUGCUGGACAUUUUUAUUCCAUGAUUCAAAGUUCUUAUAGUCAUGUUCGUCGUCUUAUGAAUGAAAAAUCUCAAUAUGAAGAAGAAUUGAAUAAAGCAAAAUUAUUGCUUCAGCAACGCAUGCAAGGAAUAUUACUACAAUUCAAUCAGAUUGAGAAGGUAUUUGUGGCAGCCAACCAUCAGAAAGUCUGGGAUCACUUUACGAAGGCCCAAAGGAAAAACAUCGAUUCUUGGCAAAAGCAAACAGAGGAAAUAAAAAAUGCUCAACUUGAAGAAGUUCUUAAUGAACGAGAAGAGUUUGAAAUGGAAUUAAGUGAUGGUGAAGAUGGAGAAAACCAAACAGCAAAAAAGAUACGACUGGAAGAUGAUGAUGCUGGAAAAACAAAUCAUGAUUCAAACAAAGAGCCACAUCUCCAAGAUGAAAAUGACUCACUUCGCUGUCAAUUGGAAGCAUAUCGAAAUGAAGUAGAAGUUUUAAGAGCUGAAAAUCGUCAAGAACAAGAAGCCAGAGAACGUCAAUUGAGAUUGCUCCAACAAGCUUUACAAGGAAUGCAACAACAGUUAAUAUCUAUUACUCAGCAACAUACACAUGAUGAGGAAGAAAUUAAAAGAGUAUGAUAUAACUAUUUUCUUUAA